UGUGCCCUUCCAUGUAUAGAAUUAAGGACCAGGCAUGACCUGAGUGUGCCCUUCGAGUCUUCCCCUCCCUUUACUUUGCCAGAAAAUAAUAAUACGUAGUACUGUAAUAAGGAUCAUUAUAUAUGGGUGGGCUAUUAUUGCUUUCCAUUUGUGAAGUUUUGCUAAAUGUUGUAAUCUUAAUACACAAGCCAUUGUUUUACUACUGACCUGACCUAGUGUCCCCAGCCCAUUUUGCACCAAGAUAUGAAACACCAUUUGAUAAACUUGCUUCACUCCUCCAUACAUAUACAUCAAUUCAAGCAAGUUCAUGCUCUCAUCAUCACAAAAAAUCUCACUAUCACCCCAAUAUUCCUCAAGAGACUCUUGAGUAGGUCCUUCAUUGACUAUGGUCGCAAGGUGUUUGAUCAAAUUCCUCAGCCAGACCGAACUCUUUAUAAUUCUAUCCUAUCAGCAUACUCUCGACAUUCUUUGAACAAAGAAGCCAUAGAAGAAUUUGUUUCGAUGCGGCGCAAGGAUACCCAGAUAGAUUGUUACACCAUUCCGCCGGUUGUCAAGGCGUGUACUUCAUUGUUGGAUAGUAAAUUAGGAAAACAGCUCCAUUCUUUAGUAAUAAGUCACGGGUUUAAUUCGAAUGUUUUUGUUCAGACCGCUUUGAUUGAUUUCAAUGCGAAAAUUGGCGAUUUAGAUUCUGCUAAGAAGAUUUUUGAUGGGAGUUUGUUUAAGGAUCCUUCUUUUUAUAAUUGUCUAAUUACUGGGUAUUCAAAAUCUGGUGAUGUCUUGACAGCACGGCAGCUUUUCGAUGAUAUGCCGGUGAGAACCAUUGUUUCGUGGAAUUCUAUUCUUUCAUGCUAUGCCCAUAAUGGGGAUUAUCUUGAAGGGUUUAAAAUUUUCGAACGAAUGCAGGCUGAGAAUUGUCGUCCCACUGAAUUUACUGUGGUGAAUGUGCUCUCUAUAUGUGCUAAACUUGGGAAUUUGGAAUUGGGGUUGAGCGUUAAGAAGUUUAUUGAUGAUAACAAUUUGUGUACAAAUAUGGUAGUUUCAACUGCAUUGCUGGAGAUGUAUGUAAAAUGUGGGGCUGUCGAUGAGGCACGUCAAGUGUUUGAUCGGAUGCCUGAAAGAGAUCUUGUUGCAUGGAGUGCAAUGAUUGCUGGCUAUGCACAAAAUGGGAGAUCGAGUGAGGCACUAGAGCUAUUUGAAUGCAUGAAGAGUAAACAAAUUAAACCUAAUGAUGUCACACUUGUCAGUGUUCUAUCAGCUUGUUCUCAAUUGGGUUCGGUGGAAAUUGGUGAGCGCAUUGGCAACUAUGCAGAGAGUCAUGGUAUGGAUUCAAAUGUUUAUAUGGCUUCGGCACUGAUGGGUAUGUACUCCAAGUGUGGAAAUAUAAGUAAAGCUCGUCAAGUCUUCAAAAAGAUGCCUUGGAAAGAUAUUGUUACUUGGAAUUCUAUGAUUACGGGGCUGGCAAUAAAUGGUUUUGCAGAGGAUGCAAUUGCUCAUUAUGAGAAAAUGAAAGCAAUUGGGAUUAAACCAGAUGAUAUAACGUUUGUCGGGCUACUGACAGCAUGCACUCAUGCAGGCCUUGUCGAACUGGGUAUGGAAUUGUUCAGAAUCAUGAGCUCAGAACAUAAGAUUUCACCAAAGGUAGAGCACUGUGCUUGUAUUGUGGACCUUUUUUGUCGAUAUGGGAGACUAAAAGAAGCCUAUGAGUUUAUAUCUAAGAUGGAAGUGGAGCCCAACGCCACAAUAUGGGGUACAUUACUGAGUGCAAGUAGGAUCUACUUGAAUGUUGAGCUUGCAGAGCUCUCGGUUAGCAAGUUACUAGAACUAGAGCCUGAGAAUACUGGAAACUAUGUCCUUCUUUCUAACAUUUAUGCCAGUGUAGGGAGAUGGCAAGAGGUCUCAAAUGUGAGGUCCUUAAUGAAAAGCAAGACAUCACGGAAAACAGUUGCAUGUAGUUGGAUAGAGUUGGAUGAUAAGGUGCAUAAAUUUUUAGUCAGCGACAAAUCCCACUUAAGACGUCAAGAUGUUUAUAGAACCAUUGAUGGGCUGGCACUGCAUUUGACUUGGGCUACUUAUGAUUUUGACCCCAACUUAGAGUUCUAAUGAUGCUAGGUCUGAAACCUGCUAAUGCAGCUGGUAAGGCCUUUGGGAUGUCGCACUAUAUAUUUAAUUUGGAUGAUUUUGGUUGUAGCAUU